CUGAUAUUUUUACACGCUACCUUUAUAAGGUAGCGCCAGGACUGCGCAUGCGCAAUGUGAUGCACCAGCUGGUCCAAUCAGCUAUUUUAGCAGGCGCCAAAACAACAAACUAGGACGGUCUCACAAGAUGGCGACUGCCUUUCCGGUGAUCGCUUCAGUCACUGCAGAGCCUGAGAAAGAGACAAGUGAGAAAACUGUUGAAAAUGUUGCUAGUCCAGAGUCCUACGUCAAGCAUCCAUUGCAGAACAGAUGGGCUCUUUGGUUUUUCAAGAAUGACAAGAGCAAAACGUGGCAAGCAAACCUUGGUCUCAUUUCUAAAUUUGACAGCGUGGAAGACUUCUGGGCGUUGUAUAACCAUAUCCAGCUGUCAAGUAACUUGACGUCGGGAUGUGACUAUUCGCUGUUUAAGGAUGAGAUCGAGCCCAUGUGGGAGGACGACCGGAACCGGCGAGGCGGCCGCUGGCUGAUCACGCUGUCCAAGCAGCAGCGCAAGUCAGACCUGGACCGCUUCUGGUUGGAGACGGUAGGUUUUGAUGUGGCGAUAGCCGCAGGGUCCCGGCGUCACGUCGCGCUUCCGUCUUCCCCGCAGCUCCUGUGUCUCGUGGGCGAAGCUUUCGACGACCACAGCGACGACGUGUGCGGCGCCGUCAUCAACGUCCGUACUAAAGGAGACAAGAUCGCGAUCUGGACCACAGACUACGAGAACAAGGAGGCCAUCACGCACAUAGGCCGCGUGUACAAAGAGAGGUUAGGCAUUCCGCCCAAAGUGGUCAUCGGGUACCAGUCUCAUGCCGACACGGCCACCAAGAGCGGCUCCACCACCAAGAAGAAGUUUGUCGCCUGACCACGUCGGCGUGUCUCGGAGAAUCGUCUCCCCCCUCCAUGAAUGUAUGACAGGUGGACACACGCCGGCGUGCCGCCUGUCGGUUUGUAGUCACUCGGCCAAAGUGUUUGGAGGCGAGUGUGCGCACAGUUAAACGGCUGCACUGUCCGUGAAGAGCAGUAUUAUGUUUGCUGAAGUGGGCAGAGGGACGAGAGAUGUUUUGAUGGCCGUUUGUUUUGGUUAAUGCGGCUGCAUAUUCAAGAGUGUUUUUGUUUCCAGGGCCACAUCUCAUAUAAGUGUUUAAAUCUUGUACAAAGUGUGAAUAGUUUCAAAACAAAUAGACCUAUUUUUUACAAGAGCAAUUGGAAUAUAUUAUGAAAAACACACGCGGUGCUUGUGUAUAAUGUUGUGAAAUAUUUAAGUUGACAUCUUUGGCAAUGACAAAUGGUUCUUCGUGCUCUUGAUGACUUUAUUGCGUUAGUCAUUGCUCCUAAUUAUUCCGAUGCCUUUUUGUGUUUUGUUCAGGUGCACCUUACAAAAUGUGAUUUCUAUUUUCAGAAUGACCUCUGACCCUGAAGUACUACCUGUGGCUCUGAACAGUAAAUGUGCAAUCAUACAUAAA